AUGCUCCGCAAGGACGAUCUUUUCUGCCGUAAUCAAGCAGGUUUAGGCAACGUGUUUUCAAUCGCGUACUACUUCGAUGGCGUAGACUAUAAGGACGAGUACUCGAGAUGGGUGCAACUGAAGUUGAAGGCGUUCCCGGAUCUUUUGUACAAGGCGAAUGCGCUCGUGUACGAAAACGACGACAACUAUCUGUCGAGCGCGCAGAGCACGGCUGUGCAGAAGGCGCUCAUGCGUCGUAAAAUCAAGAUUGGUGCCGUCUCAUCAUUUUUCACGUCCGAGUCGAGCAUUUGGGGAAACUUCGGAGAAAUCGUGCUCGGGCUUCAACGCGACGCGCGAUUUGAAGUCGACAUGGUGCACUACCCACGCGAUCCGAUCAAGGAGGAGGAUAUAAAUCUCUCGUUGCGUCCCGAACGAAGCAUCGUGUUGAUAAAGGGCGGUGAUCUCGAAACCGUCAAAGCGAAUCGCGAGGCGAUCGAAGAGAGAAGGUUUGAUGUUCUGAUUUAUCUUGACCUGUUCAUGACGGGCGAGAUGCACGAUCUCGCCGUGGCGAAACUGGCACCGGUACAAAUGGUCACGCACGGUCACCCCGUAACAUCUGGUAUCCCGGCUUGGAUCAUGGAUUAUUUUAUUUCUUGGGAUCUUGCCGAGCUUCCCGAUCAAAAGAAAGCGCAGAGCUUCUAUACGGAGGAGUUACUGCUGGUUAAGAGUAAAAAGGCGGCGUGGGAGUACUACAAGCCACGAACUGAAGGAGAAGUAUCGAUCAUUGUUGGUGAAGCGCCGUUCUAUCAAUUCACCAGAGAAAAUCUUGAUUUCAUUCCGGCUGAAGAAAUGGAGAAACUCUCAUCCCGUGACGGUUUGACAUGGUAUUUCUGCCCGCAAGCCGUGUUCAAGUAUCACAUUACGUUUGACCAGAUUUUGGGCAAGAUACAAAGAGAAGAUCCGAACGCAAUAAUCAUUCUCAUGAAGCUCGUCGAUAACGCGCUUGAGGCGUUGCACGAAAAAGUCGUGGAAAGAUUAAUUAAGCAAGGAGACGUUGAUCUCGACCGCGUCGUGUUCAUUCCGCGAAUGAAGCAUUACCAGUUAAUGGCAAUGUACAAGCUGUCAGACGUCGUUUUGGAUAGCGUUUAUUUUGGUGGCGACACCACGACGCGAGAAGCUUUCGAAGUUGGUUCGCCCGUGAUUACACUACCCGGUAAGACCAUUGGUCAGCGUUGGACACAAGCUUAUUACAGAGUCAUGGGCAUCAAGGAUUUCAUCGCCAGAACGGUUGACGAAUAUGUUCGAAUCGCCGUCAAGGCGGCGAACGCAACAGACAAGCAAAAGUCGAAUACACGCGCUCGCAUCAAGAAAGCACUGCAUAAAAAAUUGUUCAAAAAUGCGGAUGCUCCGAGGUUGUGGGGGGAUGCCAUCAUGAGUGCGCUGCAGAAGCCCAAGCGUUGGCACUGGAUCGAGGCCGAACCGCUGAAACAACACGACGAGCUUUAG